AUGGUGAUUUCUUCUGACCCAUAUCCAUACUUCACCAAGCUUCCUCUGCCUACAGGAGUUACAGGCCCCGAUUGUAUUGCCUUUGACCCCCUGGGUGGAGGACCUUACGCCGGUGUCGGAGAUGGCAGAAUUCUCAAGUGGCAAGGUCCAGGUGUUGGAUUUCAGGAUUUCGCCUACACUUCACCAAAUAGAACUAAAGAUGUUUGUGAUGGCACGAAUGACCCACAUUUGGGACCCACAUGUGGGAGACCUUACGAUUUGAGCUUCCACAUUUUGAGCGGCAAUCUCUACAUCGCUGAUGCCUUUCUUGGUCUAUUUGUGGUGGGAUCGGAAGGAGGGCUUGCAACCAAACUUGCCACCAGUGCAGAAGGUGUCCCUUUCCGCUUUCUGUCUAGUGUGGAUAUCGACCAAUUGGAUGGAACUGUUUAUUUCUCCGACAUUAGUGAAACAUUCGACUUAAGUAACGUCACACAGCCAAAUUUCAAACCUGACUCAAGGAGUGGAAGAUUAUUGAAGUAUGACCCCAUAGAAAAGGAGGUUAUUGUGUUGAUGGGCGGAAUCAGUGGUUCAACAGGGGUAGCGCUGAGUGUGGACAGCACAUUCAUCGCCCUGUCCGAGUUUUUAAAUGAUAGGAUUCUGAAGUUCCAUCUCAAAGGUUUGAAAGCGAAUACAGCCGAGGUUCUCUUAAACAUCAAUAAAAACCCGAAUAAAAUCAAGAAGACAAAAUUGGGAGAUUUCUGGGUGGCGGAGGACAUUCUAGAAGAAGGGCUUACCCCAGUUACUAAACCACAAGGGAUAAGGUUUAAUGCGUUCGGUGAAGUGCUCGAAACAAAGGAUUUUUCUGCCCAAUAUGACCCUGCUAGUCUCCACACUAUUAAAGAGUAUAAUGGAGCAUUAUAUACAGGGUCUCGGUCUGCCACAAUUGAUUUCGUUGGUAUAUAUACAUACACAACAACUGACGAACUAUCAAGUGGCAUCAAAAUAAAUAAAAGAUUAACAAUUGUUGUAUCCUGAUUACGUUAAUUUGUAUGUUUAAUAAAACAGUCCCUUUGUAUUAUUAUGUCUCUUUUUAAUGAAGUCAUUUCAUCUCUCCUACACAAUCUCCU